CCGAGAUCCCAGCCCCUGGAGAGGACUCGCAUUUCGACUUGCGGGACACUUUUGUGCGUUUCUCUCUCGAGCGCCUCUCGCGCUCGCCCCUCCUGCGCUGGCUCUUUCUUACCCUCACCUCCUUUUCUCCUCUUCUCUCCCUCUCUCUAGCCAGGGUUCCUUCCUAGAAUAGUUGUUAUCUCUGACCCCCUCGAUCCUUGUCCUCCUUUCUCCCCCUUCCCCUCUGGGAGGUGUGUGGCAACUUUUCCCCCUCGCUUCUCCUCCUUCUGUUUCCCCUUAUAUGUGACCAUGGCAGUGCCGGCGGCUUUGAUCCCUCCGACCCAGCUGGUCCCCCCUCAACCCCCGAUCUCCACGUCUGCUUCCUCCUCUGGCACCACCACCUCCACCUCCUCGGCGACCUCGUCUCCGGCUCCGUCCAUCGGACCCCCGGCGUCUUCUGGGCCAACUCUGUUCCGGCCGGAGCCCAUCUCCUCUUCUGCUUCUUCAGCAGCGGCCACAGUCACCUCUCCUGGUGGCGGCGGUGGCGGCAGCGGAGGCGGUGGUGGCAGCAGCGGCAACGGAGGCGGCGGCGGCGGGAGUAACUGCAACCCCAGCCUGGCGGCCGGGAGCAGCGGCGGCGGCGGCGGCAUUAGCGCUGGCGGAGGCGCCUCCAGCACCCCCAUCACUGCGAGCACCGGCAGCAGCAGCAGCAGCAGUAGCAGCAGCAGCAGUAGCAGCAGCAGUAGUAGCAGCAGCAGUAGCAGUAGCAGCAGCUGCGGCCCCCUCCCUGGGAAACCCGUGUACUCAACCCCGUCCCCAGUGGAAAACACCCCCCAGAAUAAUGAGUGCAAAAUGGUGGAUCUGAGGGGGGCCAAAGUGGCUUCCUUCACGGUGGAGGGCUGCGAGCUGAUCUGCUUGCCCCAGGCUUUCGACCUGUUCCUGAAGCACUUGGUGGGGGGCUUGCACACCGUCUACACCAAGCUGAAGCGGUUGGAGAUCACGCCGGUGGUGUGCAAUGUGGAACAGGUUCGCAUCCUGAGGGGACUGGGGGCCAUCCAGCCCGGAGUGAACCGCUGCAAACUCAUCUCCAGGAAGGACUUCGAGACCCUCUACAAUGACUGCACCAAUGCCAGUUCCAGACCUGGAAGGCCCCCUAAGAGGACUCAAAGUGUCACCUCCCCAGAGAACUCUCAUAUCAUGCCGCACUCAGUUCCCGGCCUCAUGUCUCCUGGAAUAAUUCCACCAACAGGGCUGACUGCAGCUGCUGCAGCUGCUGCAGCUGCUACCAAUGCAGCUAUUGCUGAAGCAAUGAAGGUGAAGAAAAUAAAAUUAGAAGCUAUGAGCAACUAUCAUGCCAGUAACAACCAACAUGGAGCAGAUUCUGAAAACGGGGAUAUGAAUUCAAGUGUUGGCAGCAGUGGGGGUCCUUGGGAUAAGGAAACUCUCCACUCCCCCGCAUCCCAGGGAUCUCAGGCUCCUGUUACACAUGCCCGCAUGCCUGCAGCGUAUAGCCUUCCAGUUAGCCAUCCUCUCAACCAUCUGCAGCACAGCCACCUUCCGCCAAAUGGACUGGAACUUCCUUUUAUGAUGAUGCCCCACCCUCUAAUUCCUGUCAGCCUACCUCCAGCAUCUGUCACUAUGGCAAUGAGCCAGAUGAACCACCUUAGCACCAUUGCAAAUAUGGCAGCAGCAGCACAAGUUCAGAGCCCUCCAUCCAGGGUGGAGACAUCUGUUAUUAAGGAGCGAGUACCUGACAGCCCCUCACCUGCGCCCUCUCUGGAGGAGGGCCGAAGGCCUGGUAGCCACCCUUCAUCACACCGCAGCAGCAGUGUGUCCAGCUCCCCUGCACGGACCGAGAGUUCUUCCGACAGAAUCCCUAUUCAUCAGAAUGGGUUGUCCAUGAACCAGAUGCUGAUGGGUUUAUCACCAAACGUGCUUCCUGGGCCAAAGGAGGGAGAUUUGGCUGGUCAUGACAUGGGACAUGAGUCAAAAAGGAUCCAUAUUGAAAAAGAUGAGACCCCGCUUUCCACACCAACCGCAAGAGACAGCGUGGACAAACUUUCUCUAGCUGGGCACGGACAGCCACUACCUCCAGGCUUCCCAUCCCCCUUUCUGUUUCCCGAUGGCCUGUCUUCCAUAGAGACCCUUCUCACUAACAUACAGGGCCUCCUGAAAGUUGCCAUAGAUAAUGCCAGGGCUCAAGAAAAACAAGUCCAACUGGAAAAAACCGAGCUGAAGAUGGAUUUUUUAAGGGAAAGAGAACUAAGAGAAACACUUGAAAAGCAGCUGGCCAUGGAACAAAAGAACAGAGCCAUAGUUCAAAAGAGGCUAAAGAAGGAAAAGAAAGCGAAGAGAAAACUGCAGGAAGCGCUGGAAUUCGAGACAAAACGCCGUGAGCAAGCCGAGCAGACACUGAAACAAGCAGCUUCUGCAGACAGUCUCAGGGUCUUAAAUGACUCCCUGACCCCAGAGAUAGAAGCUGACCGCAGUGGCGGGAGAACAGAUGCUGAAAGGACAAUACAAGAUGGAAGACUGUAUUUGAAAACUACCGUCAUGUACUGAGUCUUUCCUGUUGAAGAAAUCCAUCAUCUGCCCUAGAACUCCGGAGUUGGACAUUCACCAUCGGAAAGUUCAGGAAAAAACAAAACAAAA